AUGACAAUGAAGAAAACGCAUCCUAUAUUCCAGCCACAAGCUGUCACUCUUCAGACGCCGGGCGAUCACAUAGUCCCAAUCACUGUGUCCGUAAAUUACAACCUACUAAAGAAGCCAGAAGGACAGCCUGGUCAUGAGUCUCAUAAACGUAAAGCACCUGAAUAUCGCAAGUUUUACGUGACAUACUCAAUUGGUGGUGAAGUGGAGGCAAAGACGGAAGUGUUUAAACACGACACAACUGUGUGGUCAACGACUCACAACGUGAUUGUGACUACGCCAUUUCUGGCAAAUGUACAUGCUCAUCCACCGACAUUUACGUUAUGGGAAAUUGUUCGUUCAGACGAGACACCAACAGCACCUCCUCCAACACCAGCAGCUGCUUUAACUCGUAACAAGGACGUUCCGAGAAAUACAGUAGUGACGCGACCAUCAGCUUACUCUGGUCGACGAGGGACACAAGUACACGGUCGACAAUCUAUGAGUGGAACACCUGCUGCCGCUGGCAACUCUACAGAGCGACCUAGUACAGAAGGAUAUUCCAAUUUCUCAACCACCAUGACCGUGAACGCUCCAGUACACGGUAUACCAGAAGCUCUUUCGAUAUUGAAAAAAGAUCCACUGUCAUGGUUGUCGUUAGCGGCGCCUGAUUUCCUGACGUCAGUCACGAAAUCAUCUUUAUCACGACCUAUGGCUGCCUUUGUAGAGCAAGGAGCUCAACAAGAUUUGGCUCCAGACCAGAAUCAACCAACUGCAGAAUGGUACAAGGAUUUACCGGGUCCUGCACCACAUCAUUUCGAUACUGUCGAGAGGACCCUAGCUUUAUCUAGACCCAAUUCUCCUUGGGUGACCAGACGAAGAAGUCCACCGAACUCGGCCCAAUCUGCUAGUUCUCGACCCGUCACUCCACAUCAUGGUGCACUGCUACCAGACACUCUAGCAAAGGAAAUGUACAAGCCAAUGGCAGCUCCCCUAUCUGCAAACGAACGAAUACCAAGCCCCAAACGAAUCAUAACCAGAAUAGCUACCCCACCAUCUCCACAUCACUCAGCCAGUGUUUUGAAAACUGUAGGAUGGGCAAAUGAAGAUGAUAUUCCUCCAAACUCUGUCCUGUAUCAAGGACAAUCAACCUCGUUGAAGAAGAAGGUAUCUGUUAAAGGUGCUGAUGGAAAAAACAAGAAAAAGGAUUGGAGAGAACCGCACCGACAUGUACCAAUUACGACUCUGCAAAUGAAAUGGGAUCCAUUGUAUUGGGGACAGACUAGCAUUGAGACUGUCGUAGAUGAGACACGUGCUGUGGAAGGAAUUGAGAAUUUCAAGGUUUCUGUUCAUGUUGAAGACAAACUCUUGUCUACUGAGCAAGAACUUGGACUCAACCCUAUAAAGAUUUCGAUUUCGCAAGCUGAAGGAAUGCCAGACGUGCCAGUAUCUUUUGACGAGCUUGAUACAAAGUGUACACCAGUCACGGCACGAUUUUCACUCUUAUCAUCACCACAAGUUGUAUUUCACCCAGCAGCUCCAAACACACCGCGUUCAUCAGUGGUGUACUUUUUGGAAUCAGCGUUACUAUUGCCUGGACUAUUGGGUACCGAAGCGCUCAUUUCUCGACUGAAAGAAGAGCCACUGUGUGUGCAAGUGCACGAUCGUGAUACCAUGACGGGCGGGAUUAUUGAGACUGGAGAUUUUGGAAUUGCUGAGUUCGAUCUAUCCGAGCUGACACAAGGAUCAACAGAAUUGGAGUUGACUUCUCCUAUACUCCCAGGACCACGUGUGAAACACAACAAAUCCGCCCUCCCAGCCGGACAUUGGCUCGAAACAGGAGCGACACUAACAGUGAAAUUGUCGGUACUUCAACCUAUUACUGAAGGACGUAAACAUGGGCGUUUAACCACUGCACGAGGCGUCUUUGGUCGUGCUGUUAUCGUUGCUUCGUCGUCUACUUCGGCAACAAAGGCAAUCCGAAACACGAUAAAUCAAGUCAAUGCUGCAGCUUUGGGUGUUCAAGCAACGCCACAAGAUACUUCAAUUGAUACUUUGUUGCAAGAGUAUCGUUUAUCACCUACGCAGCGUCGUGAUGCAGCUUUGGAUUUGUUAUCUGGAUACGAGAUUGGAGACAAGCAUUACCGUAUUUUCUACGUGGAGGGUCUUGCAACAAAGGGAAUUCAAUCUCUAGUAUCUCAAGUUUCCAAAGACGACUUUGCAACUCAUGUCUUCCACACACCCGACCAAUCGUUUUCAACCAGGCAAUGGAUUGGUUUGGUUCCAGGACUGUUACGAAUCCGUCUAGAACCUGACCUUAAAGAGAUUCUUUGUCGAGCUGGGACAUACCUCAAGGGGCGAACAAGUCAUGAGUGUUUUGAAGCCUUGGGAAUUCUCAAUGAUAUCAUACAUCACAACCCAACCAAAGAAGUCCAUAUAUCAACACCUCACAUCAACAUUCGAUACCCAACCUCCAUACACGUUGACGCUCUAGUCCGAGCAUUUGGAAGUGUUCUGGGAUACGGUCCUGAAGAAGAAACAGUCGAAGCCUGGAAACGUCAGGACAUACAUCCUGCACUUCCCCAUCGCGACUUUUCCAAACAAGAGCACACCAGCACCAAAGCGCAGCGAUGGGCUGCUGAAGACGGUUAUGAAGAAAUGUUCAACAAUGAUGAACAAGAUGCUGAAAGUGAUUUAUGGCAAAGAGCGAAACAAAAUCUUGAAAGUUCUCAUAAUUAUCGGAUUGCUCGUGCACAAAGCCGGACAGAAAAUUUCAAUGAGGCUUUUGAAGAGAUGUUGAGGAGGAGGUAUUUGGAGCAGGUUGAUUUUAUUGGAUUUAACAAGAGACGAUACAUGAGAGCACCACACUUCAAACGAGAACGAGUUCCUCAUACUGGAACCGAUGUUUUCAAUUACAGUUGUCAGUUGUUGGCUGCUGGUGAAAGACAGUUAGCACAGUUACGGCAAGAGAUCGCACAGGACAAGGACCACAUAUACGCAUACGGCCCAUCUCACAUUCUACCACCAGUCGACGUUGAAGCUCAAGUCAGAAUACAAGAACGAGAAGCACGAGUGAAAUGGAUUACAAAUCAAGGUUUCAAUGUGUACCCCAUCAAGAAACCGGCAAAUGUUAUGGUGCCUAAUGGAUUGAACAAGGAUGACCCAUGGCAAGAGAAGAAGCAUGGAGAUCUCAUGCCUGGAACUGCUCUCAGGAUGUGA